AUGACGACUGCUGACCGGUUUGCUUUGGAAUGGCAGCCUAUACUGGGUGCCGUGCGCCGUCAACUACAGCGGCCGCAACUGGUAUCUGCUUUUGAUGCAUUUAUUCAGGUUCCUGCCAAUCGCUGUGUCUCGGCUAUCGACAAUGGCAUGCUUAUGAAGGCUAUCAGCUUGACCGAAGUGAUCACUGCAUUGAGGGCCUUAAGCGGCACAAAGCAGUGGGAAUGGAUGGACUCAAUAACGAUUUUUAAGGACAAUCAGGAGGUCAUGGCUCCUGCUAUAGUGGCCAUUGGUAACGAGCUACUUCAAGGCGGUCAACCUCCUCCAUCCUUUUAA